AUAUGAGUUAUUUUGCUCAUUUUUUCCAUAUGGAUCACAUAAAUUGUGUGAUAAACAUGAGAAUAGGAUCUGAGGGGCUGGUAUUAAUCAGCAAUUAAACAUUAAUUCUGGUUUAUUAGAUCAUUGACCCAAAAUUUGCGAGCAGCCACAGAACCUAUCUAAGUAUCUGCCGAAUGCUACACAUGUUGCCUUGUUCUAAUUCUAUAUAACUCCCCUGUAAGAAAAAUUGUCAGUGCAUAGAACAAAAUCAAACUACUAGUGCAAAGAAAAGAUAAGUGAAACGAAAUAUGCAGGCAAUAAAGGAGAAAAUAAACGACAUGAGAGUCAUCCACAAGGCCAGAGCUGAUGCAAGGGCGGAGGAGCAGGAAGAGAAAGAACGGGCCAGGGCUGAGAAAGAACUGGCGCAAGUAAGGGUAGAGGUAGCUCAUGAGGUGAGGAAGGCGAAGGAGGCCGAAGCAGAGAUGGAGCAGCAUGCUGUAAAAGCCAGCCGGAGGGUACAGGAAGAGAUAGCAAAGUAUACUACGAACCAGAAUGAGCCUCCUGAUGCCACCGUUGCAGCGGGGGCUGCCGGAGCUAACUUGGGAUGAAUUAUUUCCCUUUUUAUUUUAUAUUUAUUUAUUGGAUUUAAGUUUUUUUAUUUAAUCUUAACUUCUAUGCAUUUAUAAAAUAUUGAGAAGGUCCAAACCAGGGACUUCCACACUAAGUAUGAAUUUUUGGCCGGUAAAAUAUAGUUCCCACAUGAUA